CCAAGUCGAAAAUCAAUCUAUACACACACAGAUAAAGCUUAAAGCUUUUUAUAGUGAGAGAGAAAGGGGAGUGGUCUUCAUGAGAGUAUCUCUGAAGCAGAUAAACUUAUUCAGGAUUUUGUUCUAUCACCAUGUGCAAUCCAAACAGCACACCCGCCAUAGCUGUAACUGAACAACCAAACCAAACACCACAAACCCAUUUCUACUUCAAUCUGUUAUCACUACCAGACACCAUCAAAGACCACGAAAACCCCAAACCAGACUCGAAAAACAGAACCCAAUUCAUCACUUACUCACAGAUCAUCAAAGAGACCAAAGCACUCUUUCACCUCUCUUUACCCAUUGCACUAACCGGCCUCAUCCUCUACUCUCGUUCUAUCCUCUCCAUGCUCUUCCUCGGCCACCUCGGUGACAUCGAACUCGCUGCCGGCUCUCUCGCCAUUGCCUUCUCAAACAUCACCGGUUAUUCGGUCCUCUCCGGCCUAGCUUUAGGCAUGGAGCCUCUCUGUUCACAAGCUUUUGGUGCCAAUCGUCCCAAGUUUCUCUCUCUAACUCUACAUCGCUCUGUUAUUUUCCUACUUGUUUCCUCCAUACCCAUCACUUUUUUAUGGCUCAAUGUUUCCAAAAUUCUUAUAUAUUUACACCAAGAACCCAUUAUCACACGCUUGGCUCACACGUACCUCAUCUUCUCUCUCCCUGACCUCUUCACCAACUCCUUCAUUCACCCAAUCCGCAUUUACCUUCGCGCUCAAGGCAUCACCCACCCGCUCACGUUAGCAUCACUCGCCGGCACGAUUCUCCACUUACCCAUCAACUUCUUGUUCGUCUCUUAUCUCCGGCUCGGCGUCGCUGGUGUCGCCGCCGCCUCCGCCGCGUCCAAUUUCAUCGUCUUGGUGUCUCUAGUUCUGCACGUGUGGGCCACUGGAUUGCACGUGCCGACGUGGACCACGCCGAGCCGAGAGUGCUUCACCGGCUGGAAGCCGCUGAUUCGGCUUGCUGGGCCGAGCUGUGUUUCGGUGUGUUUGGAGUGGUGGUGGUACGAGAUCAUGAUCGUGCUGUGCGGUCUACUGGUGGACCCCAGAGCAACGGUGGCUUCAAUGGGUGUGUUGAUACAAACGACGUCGUUGAUAUAUGUGUUUCCGUCGUCACUCGGGUUCGCGGUUUCAACUCGUGUGGGGAAUGAACUCGGAGCGAAUCGACCCGAUAAUGCUCGGGUGUCAGCCGUGGUGUCUAUAUUUUGGGCGGCUCUGAUGGGUUUAUCAGCGACGUUUUUUGCUUCUGGAAUGAGAGGUACGUGGGGCAGGAUGUUUACUAACGAUGUCAAGAUCCUACGGUUGACAUCGGCUGCUUUGCCAAUCCUAGGGCUGUGCGAGCUCGGGAACUGUCCACAGACAGUCGGGUGUGGGGUGGUCCGUGGGACGGCCCGACCCAGCACCGCGGCUAACGUGAACCUGGGAGCAUUCUAUCUGGUGGGAAUGCCAGUGGCGAUUGGGCUUGGGUUUUGGACAGGGGUUGGUUUUUGUGGGCUGUGGAUGGGCUUGUUAGCAGCCCAGGUAUGUUGUGCGGGGCUGAUGUUGUAUGUGGUUGGGACCACGGACUGGGAGUACCAAGCGAUGAGGGCACAGGUGCUAUCGUGCACAGGAUGUGGAGAAACCGCACUGUCCGGAGAUUGUGACGAUCAGAACAAGGAACCCUUGAUUUGUAUAAUGGUCACUUCAUCAUGAUAACCAAACGAUUGAUGUAAUUUUUAUUUUUUAUAUAACCUUUUAUUUUUCCUAUUAAUUUUCAAGUUUGAUUGUGAAUGACUUACCUAAUUUGGGAUUUAAGAGAAUUAGUAGUAAAGAUGUUGAUUUAUUUAUUUUCUGGGAUUGGCUAUUUCUAUCCUUAACACACUACUCACUGUCUAUGAAUCAAAAUUGCCCCUAUUCAGAAAAAAUAAAAAUAAAUAAAUUAUUGCCCCUAAAGGCUUUAUAUAUAUGUAACUAAUUUAAUUCCGUAGUUUU